AUGGGCCUGUCAGACGGACUCGUGGUCUUCCUCUGCAUCCUGAUCGCUGGGAUCGUGGUGGCUGGUGCUGCCGCGCUCCAUCGCGUCGUCGCAAACCGCGAGUUCACAGAAGAACUCCCGCAGCCCACCAACGAACAGCAAUCGUACAUGAGAAUAGUGCGGUCGAGAAAAUGGCCUAUUCUCCGGGUGGAUGAACGUCUGCCGCCAUCGACGAUAACGUCGAGCGUGUGA